UCAUCCUGACAUCCCCUUGGAGUUAACUUAAACCCCCAUCCAUCCCUCUCCUUCUCCGUCGCGAUGGAGGGAGCUCCAUUUCCAAGCCGACCUGCUCUUCCUAACCAGACCUCCAAAAUCCCAAGAAACCCCUCGCCUAACCGUCCCAAGUUCAACCUUCCCUUUCCUCCACCGCCUCCUCCUUCUCGUUCGCUUCCUUUGGACUCCCUCCUCCAACACCUCGCCAAGGAGACUGCCAACACCCUUCGCCCUCCGUCGAGCAAUAAAAAUCCCACCUUGCCCUCUUUGCGCCUUGCUGCGACCUCGCCCCGUCGCGAGAAAUCGCCUCCUGCGCAGGGCGCACGGCUCGCCGGCGUCAAAGGUGGAGCUCGGUUUCUGCAGGAUCCCCGUCUGGGGUUCCUCUCCGCCGCAGGCAAGUCGUUGCUGAGAUCCAUCGUCGAGUGGCCGCUGGUUGACUUCGCCACUCUGGUUGAAGCCAGGAAAGAUGAGAUUUUUGGCGUGGAUUGGGUUGCCCUCUUGAAGGCGCUCGAAAUUCUGGGCGAUUGGGAGAAAGCUCUCGCGUUGUUCGAAUGGGCUGCAUCCACUUCCCGUGCUGAAGGAUCCAGAUUAGAUGCCCCAGCGAUCGAGGUGAUGAUCAAGGUAUUGGGGAGAAGUUCACAGCACUCAGUUGCCUCCAAGCUGUUCGACUCUAUUCCUCUGGAGGAAUAUUGCCUUGAUAUCCGUGCUUACACUACUUUGCUUCAUAGCUACUCCCGCGCCGGGAAGUAUGACAAGGCAAUUGCAUUGUUUGAGCAGAUGAAAUUGAAGGGGCUUUCAGCCACCUUGGUCACCUACAAUGUGAUUCUCGAUGUGUAUGGCCGCAGGGGGCGGUCCUGGAGCAAAAUUCUGGAGAUUUUGGAUGAGAUGAAAAGCAACAAAGUUAGUUCUGAUGAGUUCACCUACAGUACAGUGAUCUCUGCUUGCGGAAGGGAAGGGUUGUUGAAGGAAGCCUCAGAGUUCUUUAAACGACUGAAGAUGCAGGGAUAUGUUCCUGGCACUGUCACGUAUAAUUCACUACUCCAGGUGUAUGGCAAGGCAGGAAACUAUCCAGCAGCACUGAGAGUCUUGAAGGAAAUGGAGUACAAUAACUGCCCAGCUGAUGGAGUUACCUACAAUGAACUUGUAGCUACCUAUGCUAGAGCUGGCUUUUACGAAGAAGGGGCGGCAGUGUUGGAUACAAUGGCUACUAAAGGAAUAAUGCCUAAUGCCAUUACCUAUACCACUGUAAUUAAUGGGUAUGGCAAGGCUGGAAAAGAGGAUGCAGCUUUAGCGCUGUUUGAUCGUAUGAAGAAAUUGGGUUGUGUUCCUAAUGUUUGCACUUACAACACAAUAUUAGGAAUGCUUGGAAAGAAAUCAAGGAUGGGGGAAAUGUUUGACUUACUUUCUGACAUGAAACACAAUGGUUGUGCCCCGAAUAGGAUCACAUGGAACACAAUGUUAGCUAUAUGUGGGAAAAGGGGCAUGGAGGACUAUGUAAGACAAGUGUACACGGAGAUGACAAAAUCAGGCAUUGAACCCGACAAGGAUACCUUCAACACUAUGAUUGCCGCAUAUGGUCGAUGUGGUUCUGGUACCAAUGCUUUGAAGAUGUAUGAUGAGAUGGUCAAAGCAGGUUUUACUCCUUGCACUACAACAUAUAAUGCACUCUUGAAUGCAAUAGCUAGAAAGGGUGACUGGAUAGCUGCAGAUUCUGUUAUAGCUGAUAUGAAGAGGAAGGGAUUUAAGCCUAAUGAUCUUUCAUACUGUUUGUUGCUUCAAACUUAUGCGAAAGGAAGAAACCUAGAAGCUAUAGAUGCAAUUGAACAAGAAGUUUAUGAUAGCAAAAUUUUUCCUAGCUGGGUGAUCCUUAGAACUCUGGUUAUAGUCAACUUUAAGUGUAGAGUAUUAAAGGGCAUGGAAAAGGCAUUUGAGGAGCUGAAGAGGAAUGGCUACAAACCUGACUUGGUGAUUUUUAACUCAAUGCUUUCAAUUUAUGCAAAGAAUGGGAUGUAUGAUCAUGCUCGUGAAAUUUUCAAUCUGAUUCAUCCAAGUGGGCUCCGACCUGAUCUCAUUACUUACAACAGUAUGAUGGACAUGAGUGUGAAAGGUGGAGAAUGUUGGGAAGCAGAAGACAUGCUCAAACAACUUGAAAGCUCUGGGUUGAAGCCUGAUGUGGUGUCAUACAACACUGUCAUUAAUGGAUUUUGCAAACAAGGGCUCAUGAAUGAAGCCCUAAAGAUUCUGACAGACAUGAUAGCUAAAGGAGUUGCACCUUGUAUGAUCACUUAUAAUACCUUAAUUUCUGGAUAUGUGAGCAUGGAGAUGUUCAAUGAUGCUGCUGAUGUUCUUAGCUAUAUGAUCCAACACAACUGCAGCCCCAAUGAACUAUCCUUCAGGACAAUUGUUGAUGGCUACUGUAAAGCCAAGAGAUAUGAGGAAGCCAUCCAGUUUAUAGCUGGCAUAGUGAAUAUAGAUUCAUCUUUUCCUGAACAGUCGCUGAAUAAGCUAGCCCUAAGAGUAGAAGAGAGAAAAUCUCACCAUUGACCGAUUGGUAUUCAACAAUCCUGUUUGCAUAGUCCUGGUAUCACUCAGGUUAGUUAACAGGGCAUUUAUCUGCAGCUUUAUGAGAUUAUAAUUUUGUUGAUAUAUAAAUGGCCUUCAUAGUAUUUUUAUACAGUGUUGCCUGAAUUGGAACUGAAAAAAGAGUCGUUCAUAUAUUUUCCAUUGACUGAUGUAGUAAUUUCACAAUUAUCCUUAUUUCUCAAGCAGGCAAAUUGACUUCUUUUUCCCUCAGUGGUAAAUUGGGUUAAAUCAUGACUUUCAAUGGUUCAUUCCUAAGGUAGAAUGGUGUGUUCUUGCUGUGAUUGAUGACUCAAAAUAAUAGUCCAAAAGAAGGAUUAUUGGGUAGAACUGUACUUUUGAUAAUCACACAAGCAUGCUCUCCCAUUGCACAAACAGGGUGAUCAAUUUUUUUUUUUUUCAUAUAGAAAUUGAUUAGUAGCACAGAUUGUCCAUCGAACCUUUAUACACUAUGGGAACAAUGUUAGAUAAGGCACGAAGACUAUUUUAUUGUCUUGUUUUCUACUCUUCCAUUUCCUUACAGUUUCCUGUCUAAACAAGCUACUAUCUCUUGAGCAGCUUCUUUUCUUUUCUUAGCUGCCAUAACCAAUCUGCCUUGGAUGACUUUGUCAACCAUGGCUGUCGACUUCACCACACAAUAUUGUUGGCAUACUAAACCCCACCCUCUCCUUCCUCUUCACUAGUGACUUUGUCCAUGCCUCCUUUGCAUAUUGGUAGCCUUGUGCCCACUUUGAUAUUAACAAUUUCAAGCAGAUUGAUUUCCCAACUUCACCUCACCUUUGUCCCCAAAUUAGAUCAUCUAGUGUGCCUCAUAGUGGAUUAUGUGGUUUUUUGGUCUAGAAUUAAUGCCCGCCAAUGGUGCUACAUCAUUUUGUGGUAGUGCUCCUUGCUAUUGGUUCAGUGCAUUUAUGCCACCAUCAUCGCGGUCUAAGUGAUGGUCCAAUGAUUUGACUACCCCAAGUAUUUCAUUGACAAUUGCUCCAUCAAAAGUUGAAAGGUGAUCCGGUUGGGGUUCAAUUCCUGGUGGUAUGAUUUUGAGGUGGUUUAAAGUUUCACCCGAGGUGGACUACAACUUGGAUGUGUGUCAAGCAAAAGCAACCGAACCCAUUGUGGUUCAGGCCUUGCCAAGGCUCAUCCAAGGUGAGUAAGGGCUUUUAGCUCUACUCAAUCCAGAAUGAAUUAAGGGGGCGUGAGGCGCCUUUGACUCUUCUGCAGCUAGGUGUUAUCUUUCUCAUGCUGACUCUCAAAGAAGUUAGCAGAAAGGGCUUUUUGAGCGUCGAGUCUUCGAAAAGACACUGCUCCAGAUGCCUAUCCAUGAUGAGGAAAGCACUUAAGCCCUGGAAGCUUUUGUAGGUCUAACAAUUGCAUUACAGGCAAAGCAUUUUGAAGGGCCUUUGCAACAUUGCCACCUUUCUCUCAUUUGACUGGUGCAAAUCGGCCAUCUGCUAUAUACUGAGCGGAAAGCCUUCAAACAUCCUCCCGGAUAACAAGGACGUCCUUGUCACAUGGACUGAGGAUCGACGCUGGUGAUGCCGAUGGAGUUGUUGUGGAGGCAAAUGGAUUCUAUCCUAUCCAAUAGGACUAAGAGCCAUUUGAAUUGUGACAGGAUCCCAUUCUACUCACUCCAUCAGCUAACUGAAUUCUUUCUAAGCAUUCACCUUUACAUACAGUCUUCACCACCAAGAAGGAUUGGGGUAUGGGAAAUAGAGAAGCUCAAUGAGCAAUGCCACAGCACGAAGGCUUCUACUUGCCCUACAAUGGUGUUGUUCCCUGUCCUCCUUCCCCCUGAAUUGCUUUCAGAAUCCCAACUGAAGCUUUUGCUGAUUGUAGGCUGCUGCGGCAGCAGUAAUGGGCAACUAGCACUAUUAUUACUACGAUCGGAGCAGAGAAGAAGCAUAUCAUCUCUUUCUCAGUUCAAAUAACGCAUUUUUUGUUGUUGCAGGUUUGAGUAGCUUUCCUAGUUCAUUGUUUGAUGUGGGAAGAUGAUGAGCAGGUUCGGUUCUUCAGAUGCUUCCUUCGCCCCUGCUUCCAUGGCAUCCUUCUCUGCGCUCGGAGGUGGCGACGGUAGCGAAAAAGAGAAGCUUUGGGACUCGGGCUACGCUGCCAGUCACCAAAGCCACCUAUUCUUCCAUCAAAAUCCUACUCUGGAGGACAUGGACGCCCAGAUUCCAUUCUCCCCGCUGCUGGGGUAUCCUUAUCCUCCCCAGGAAUCAUUUUUUGCCAGAAAGGAAGCGGCGGCAGCGGCGUGUGGUCACCCAGCCACCAGCCACCUCCCACCUCAUUGCCAGGCGGAAGGGUGCAACUCCGACCUCUCCAGCGCCAAGCACUACGACCGGCACCACAAGGUCUGCAAUUCCCACCCCGAAGCCACCGUCAUCAUCAUCGCCCACGUCUGCAGCAUCGAUUCUGCCAGCAAUGCAGCAGAAGCUUUAAUAUUCUUCUCUUGCAAAGACUGUCCAGGUUCCAUGUGCUUGCAGAGUUUGAUGAGGCCAAGAGAAGCUGCAGGGAGCGCUCGGCCGACAACAAUCGCAGGCGGAGAAAGCCUCAUCUCAUACCAUCAGCAGCAGCAACCACAACGAAACACGACGCAGACUGCUCAAGCUCCAUGAUUACUCCAAGCAAGCAAGCAAGCAAGCAACCUGUAAGUAUACCCACCCAUUAACAAUCUUCCUCCCCCAUAUAAAGAGAGGGAGAGUUUUUGUUACUCUCUACUCACCCUGGUCAAUCCACAGGUAUCUAUUGUUAUUUUUUGUUUUAAAAAAAAAUUAUGUUAUCCAUCUAUGAUCCAUCCCUCAGCACUUA